AUGAAUACUCAAGAGUUCACAGAUGAGGAGUUAGCUGAGGCAAUUUUGGAGUUUUGUAAAAAUCCGAAGUUUGCCAGGUCAAAGGGAUCUGCCCAUCUAGCCAGUGUGGUAAAACUGUCAGAUCUGGAGGAUUUGACUGCAAAGGAAAUGGAAAAGAAUCACCGGUGGUUAUUUCCAAAUCUAUGUGAAGGGAAGGGGGGUGAGCGUGAGGAAGAAGGGGGUGAUGUGGCGAGGGAAGAAGACGAGGGAGUCGGAAGUGCAGGGAACAUGAAUGAGGGUGAUGGGGAGUCUGGCGAGAAAGAGAUUAUUGGGGACAAGGGUAGUGGUGAUAGGACGGAUGAUGAGGACAUUGAAGAUGAGAAUCUGGUUGAUGAGAGUGUUGAGGGAGAAAUCCCAGAGGAGUCGAAAGCUGAUGAAAGGGAAGAAGAGAUCGUUGAAGGAGACGAUGAUAAGGAAGAUGGGACCGAGAUGGUCGAUAUGGAUGUGGACGGAUCUGAACUGUCCGAUAGACCUGAACUUGUUGAAGGGACAAAAUUCAUAGUGGUACCAGACGAGAGGCCGGAGGCAGAGGAUACGCCGGCCACUGCAAGGGCAAAUCGACGGAAUGCCAGACAAAGUAAGAAAUUGGAGAGGACACGAACGUCUACACGGUGUUUACAUCUGAUAGAUUCGGAAAGUAAGGGGGAGGCAGGGGAUGACAUUCCCCAGACCCAGGAAAUGCUGGAGGAAACAGGAGAAAAGAUCCCUCAGGUCCAGGAGAACCCAUGCACAGAAGUAAGAGGUGAGGAGUUCUCUCCUGAGGCCGAGGUGAAACGCCAUGCACAUGAGCGGAAACGGAAGGGGAAGCAAGAGGCUACUCCCCUAAAGAAGAAGCAAAGGCAAGUGUCUUCCACCUCGAAGAUCAGAGAAGCCUCCUCGGAACCAAUUAGUGUCCUGUUAGCUGAGCCAACAGAGGAGAAUGAAGACGAAGAGGAAGAGGGAACAAACCAGGAGGCGGAAUCGGUAUACGAGACGCUAAAAAUAUUACUGACGAAGAAGCUACUUGAGGCCAUGGUCCAUUUUGAUGACCCGAAGCUGGCAGAGACGUGUAAUGGGCGCGCUACGAAGGGAAAGCUAGCAAAUGCCAGAAAGAUGUAUGACUCCCUGUCCCUCCAGGAGAUAGAAUCGGAGGAGGAAUUCCUACUGUAUAUCCGCGCCAUCGGUUGCGAGUGGUUGUUGGAUCACUGCAAGGCAGAGGUGCUAAUUCUGUUGGCAAAGGAAUUCUUCACCUUCUACAGGUUUAAGUCCACCAUGUACCCUGACGCCGAUUCUAUCAGUUUCCGCCUCUUUGGUGAAAACAUGGAAAUGAGCAUCCGCGAGUAG